AGUCUUGUGGGUGCCUCCUCCCCCAGCCCACAACUCAGGUCUGCAGCUGGGUCCUGCCUCCUUCUGAGUGGGCCAUGGCUGGCACAUGGCUGCUACUUCUCCUGGCCCUUCGGUGUCCAGCUCUACCCACAGGUGUGGGCGGCACACCCUUUCCCUCUCUGGCCCCACCAAUCACGCUACUGGUGGAUGGGAAGCAGAAGAUGAUGGUGGUCUGCCUGGUCCUCGAUGUUGCACCCCCUGGCCUUGACAGCCCCAUCUGGUUCUCAGCCGGCAAUGGCAGUGCCCUGGAUGCCUUCACCUAUGGCCCUUCCCCAGCAAUGGAUGGCACCUGGACCAGCCUGGCCCACCUCUCUCUGCCUUCUGAGGAGCUGGCAUCCUGGGAGCCUCUGGUCUGCCACACCGGGCCUGGGACCGAGGGCCACAGCAGGAGUACACAGCCCCUGCAGCUGUCAGGAGAGGUUUCCACAGCCAGGACCUGCCCCCAGGAGCCUCUCAGGGGGAUGCCUGGCCGAGCGCUGCGGCUGGGGGCGCUGCGGCUGCUGCUCUUCAAGCUGCUGCUGUUUGACCUGCUCCUGACCUGUAGCCGCCUACGCUGCCCCAUGGGCCCGCCGCCUUCCCCCUACAGCUGCCACCCGCCUGCGGGCCCUUGCCUUCCACCAACUCCACCUGGCCACGAAGACAGCGGGACAAGAGGCCACCAGCUCACCCAGGCCCUUAACUUGGGACCGCCGCUGGGGUGACAGCCCUCUGGGCUGGGAACCCGGGAGCCCAGUCUGGGAGGAGGGAUCUUACCCCACCAGUUACCCCACCUGCCCAGCACAGGCCUGGUGCUCAUGAUCUGCCCUCAGGACUCCUUCCUCGGGUCUUGGAGCAUUUUUUGCAUGUGACCAGCCUCCUACUCUGUAGGCUGGAGCUAGGGGCAGGGGCCUGCCACCCCUUCAAACCGUGUGAAGCUGGGUCUCUCCCAUUGGACAGGGGGCCCCUCAAGAGUGGUGAUCCACCCAGUUACAGGGGCUUUUGGGGUAUGGAUGAUUGAGAGCAUUAAAGAAGAACCCGAAUGACACA